AUGAGUAACCUGCUACAAGUGCCAAGGAACCUGUUACGAGUGCCAAGGAACCUGCACAAAGCGGAAUUGGUGGUAAUGAUGAUAAAAACGAUCAUCGUUAAAGGAUUUGAUUUUUUUCUUCCUGAAGAUGAUAUCAAGAGCGCAUUGAGUAAAUAUUUCAGUUCAUGUGGAGAGAUUACAAGCGUUAUUGUUCCAACAGACGAUGAAACCGGUGCGGUCAUAGGAUGUGCUUACAUUCAUCUAAAGGAAGGAGUAGAGAAGGCGUUGAAACUUAGUGGAAGUUACUUGGGAGGAUGGAAUCUUGUAGUUGAAAAGGUUUCACUGGCAGAGGAGGUCGUUGGUCUUAUCGCUAUCGUUGUAACAGUCUCCGCCGUUGUUCCACCUGUUGAAGUUUUGGUGGUGGAGGAAGAGACAGUGGUCAUGGAAGCAGACCUAGUUUUACUCAUUCAGGUAGAAGACUACCAUGCAUGA